CAGUUUUGAUGACAGAUCAUUCUAAAAUAUGACUUAAAACGGGUGAAAUACCAAAUAACCAUAUCGAAGUGGUUCUGCAUUGCUUUUAAAGUCUUUUUGGCAGUUAUUUAAGAAAAUAUAGCAAUUAUAAUGUCAGCUCACAAUAACGACGCUUCGAAUGACCCAGACAAUUUGUGUGUGGUUUGCUUUAAGAAUGUGGAAAUCUAUUCUAUUGGGUGCUGUGACCAUGCAGUCUGUUUUGAAUGUUCCACCAGAAUGAGAAUUCUGUGCAAACAAAAUGAAUGUCCCAUAUGUCGAAGGGAACUUCCCAAGGUCAUUUUUACGAGAAAUGUGGAACCAUUUUCCGUCAUGCUUUCAAAGUUUGAAAGAUCGAAUCUACAAGAUCGUAAAUUUGGAAUUAUAUUCUGCACGUCUAAUAUUCAAAAGGAAUACACAAAACUUCUUAAUCAUCGUUGUUUUAUUUGCGAAGCCAGAGAGCCUAACUGGCCUUUCAAAACCUUCCAACUGCUUAAAGAACAUAUGAGAAAGGAGCACGAACUAUUCUUUUGCGACAUUUGUAGUGAACAUUUGAAAAUAUUCAGUUUUGAAAGAAAAUGUUAUAACAGACAAGAAUUGGCCUACCAUAGAAGAAAAGGAGAUAAAAAUAACACAUCUCAUCGCGGCCAUCCACUUUGUGAGUUUUGUGACUCGCGAUUUAUGGAUAAUGACGAAUUAUUCAGACACUUACGAAGAAACCAUUUUUUCUGUGACUUUUGUGAUGUGGAUGGUAAACAUCAAUAUUACAAUUCAAUGGAAGAUCUGAAGAGGCAUUUUAAGGAUGAGCACUACUUAUGUGAAGAAGGAGACUGUAAAACUAUGCCACUCACUGCUGUAUUUAGAUCUGAUAUUGAUUUAAAAGCUCACAUCACGGUAGAACAUGGUAGAUACAUGAGUAAAUCUGCUUCUAGACAAGCCAGAACCUUAGAACUGGAGUUUACAAUGGCUCCAAGGCCAAGAAGUGAUAAUAUGCGAAGUAGAAGGCUCAAUGAAAACAACAGGGACAGAUUUGAAGAUGACAAUGCUUACAGUUUGGAUCUAGGGGGGGCGACUAGUGGAUCAAGCAGCCAAGCUCAACUAUUUGUUAACCCAUUAACUUCCGAUCAGUUUCCCGCAUUAGGAGGUUCAUCUGAUAAUGCAAACAACAUCACUGUUGUAUCCAAAAACUUCACGAAAUUUAGCAACUCUGCUCUAAAUAGUAACGAUUUUCCGUCAUUGGGUGGAUCGUCUACGCGAUCUGCGCCAGCACUCACAAUAACUGCCAACUCAGCUGGAUCUUCAGCUCCUGAAGUCACUAUCACUAGAACUGUUGGAAGUAAGCAACCUGCACGAAAACCUAAACCAGCUUUUCCCGCAUUGGGCAGUGCAAACAAACCACCGGGAAGUAGUACAGUUCGGUUAAGUGUAAAUAGUGGCAAUCAACAGCAAAUACCAAAAGUGUCGAUUCAAGUUAAUCAAAAGUCGAAUGGUGCUAUAACAACUCACAUCACAAGUGCUCCGUCUACUUCUCAAAGGACAGAAGUAUUUCCUGCUUUAGGUAAAAGUAGUCAACCCAGCCUUCACCCUCAAUGGGUUCAACCUAAGCCCAAAAAACAGGAGCAACCUAAAGCGGAGAAAGUAUCACCGUGUCCUGUAUUGGAAACGGCCGAUUUUAAUUCUUUCCCCAGUUUGUCGAAGGGCAAAAGUGAUAAGCCUAAGAAAACCUCAAGUGUUACCGUUCCUGUAGAUAGUUGGGUGAACCUAAACAGCAUAAAGGCCACCUCGAAAAAUCCUAAGAAAUUAGAUUCGAACAAUAAUAAAGGAGACACCAGUACUGAAAAAGCAGGCCAGAAUAGUAAGAAAGCCGGAGAAAGUCACAAUGGCGGCAGCAGCAGCUAUGCUAAAAAAAAUGAAACUAGCAAGAAAAACAAUGCAAAAGCUCAAUCGAAUACUAAUAAUAUGCAAAGUAAACCGGUUUUAUCAAACGCAGGGCCAGCCCAAAAUGCUAACACAAAAAGUCAACAAUCCGAAACACUUUCUCGAACUGUUUCUAAUUUGCAGGCUAAACUGGAUGCGCUUAAAUUCGUGGAAGUAGGAAAGCCCGAAGGAAAGUCAAAAAAGAAAAAGAACAAAAGCAACGGAGAUACAAAUGGCAAUAUUUCCGAGACUGUUAGUGAGUUUAAUAGUCAACAAUUAAAAGAAAAUAAGAAGAAUAUAGAAAUCGACACGCCAGAUAUGAAUGAUAACCAAAGUUCUUUGAAUGACGAGGGAGUAGCGAAAAUGCGCUCUGAACUGAAAAUCGGCACUUUAAGUAAGUCGGGCCGAAAUGAUGAGUUUCCUGUGUUGGGAAGUACUAAACCCCCACCAGGUUUUUCGAGCAAGUCUGUCUUAUCACAGAACACAGUUAAACCACCGCCCGGAUUCGUUCACUCAAACUUUCCACCCUUAAGUCAGUCAAAUGAUUUAACUUUUACAAAUUCCAGUGGUCAAAGCUAUGCAAUAAGCCCAACACAAAGUCAGUUCACCUAUAAGCAACCUCGCAACUUCAUGAAUCGCAAUCAAAACUUGAUAAAACGUAUUAUGGAAGUUUUGAACGACAAUGAUUUGAUGCGGGAUUUUAAGACACUUUCAGAUAGUUUCCGUCACGGUACAACUGAUGCCAGAAAGUAUUAUGAGCGUUGUCAAAUAAUUUUGGGAAACAAGUUUGAUGAGAUAUUUUCUGAAUUGUUAAUUUUAUUACCAGAUAUUGAGAAGCAACAAGACCUUUAUAAUCAAAUGAGUGGUAAGACUAAAGACAGCGUUGUAGUUUGCGAGAAUUGCAAACAAAUUAUAUUCAAACGAGAGCUCAGCGAACACUAUGAUUAUCAUAAACUUGAAAAUCACUUUCCGGCUUUAGGUAUGGCUCAACAAAUUCCAUCUGCUUGGAAGAAAUAAAUGACCUGACUGACAGUUUUUUAGUUAUUUACGUUGGUUUCAUUGAUAAGGUAACUUUUAUUACAUCAAUGUUUAUUGGUUCAACGAUAACCAAACGAAAUAACUAGCCUGAAAACUUUCAAAUGAACGAAAAUGGCUUAUCUAUAGCAGAGAAAUCCUAUAAUAUUUUGGCUGUGGUUAUAUAAGAAUGCCAUUUCUUUAUUUUUGUUAUCAGGUGUAGUAUUUAUUUUUUUGGACUUAAUAUUUUAUUCAUUUUGUUUUAUUUUUAUUUUGUUAUUCACUUUCUGAUUUGGAAUUUUAAUUCUCUGUGUAGUAAACAAAAGUCUGAGUUUGAAGCUAAAUUUCGCUUUCGAGUCAUUUUCAAAUAUCAUGCCUUUUGUUGUUCUUUCACUAACAUGUUUAAUUUUACAGUUCUUAUUAGUUUUUUACAGUUCUUAUUGCAAUACCUAGCAGUUCUUCAAUCACAGAAAUUUCGAUUUUACAUUUGAAUCGGUUUAUACCAAAUACUCCAUCCUAUUUUCUAGUAAGUAAUUUUCUUUCGAUAUGUUCGGUAUAUUUCUGUUUUGCGUUUUUUUCAAUCGAACACAGUUCUUGUGUCAAUUCUUGAUUAUUUUUGUGUCUAAUCUCAGGAAGCUAGAGAGUACUAAAAGUGAGCUAAUUGUAAUUGUUUCUUGGUUUGCCGGUAUUUGACCUGUAUGUUUUUAGUCUGCUUUAUUUUCACAAUGUUCGUUUCAUCAGGACAUUUCUUAUAAAGCCUAAGUGGAAUCCGAGAUCAGCAGACAGUAUGUUUUAAUAAUACACUUAACAACUGACCAUUAAAGUUAAAGCUACUAAAUGUUCUACUAUACGCGAUAGUUCAAAAUUAAUUACAAAUAUGCUUAGUUAUGUUUGCUUAGCUUAAAACAAUUCUGAUUAUAAAUUUUCUAUUGUUGUAUAAAAAAUGUCGCAAAUUGCUCAAUAAAUUGAGAGUUGAGAGAUUGAAUUGUAGAACAUCAAAUGAAAAGGGAUGUAAAGCGUAUGAACAUUUUUUUAAAAGAC